ACCAUUUCUUGGUUUAGGUACAGAGGAGGUCCUAUAUUGCCACGGAAGGUGAUCAACUCUGGUCUCUCUCAGACUGAGUUGGCUGUAGAAGUUUAUCCUCUGCGCCUUCAGUUACAUCUGAUGCCAAAAGAUGAACGUUCUACCAUAAGAAUAAGUAAAAAGGAAACAAUUAGACAACUUCAUAAGAAAGCUUGUGAGAUUUUCUCUCUCAAUCCAGAACUAGUAUGCAUUUGGGAUUACUUUAGCCAUCAAAAGCAUGCUUUGAUGAAUGAUAUGGAAAAGACGCUCGAUGAUGCAAAUAUACAAAUGGAUCAGGAUAUUUUGGUUGAGGUUGCUAAUGGUAACUCAACUGGUGGUGUGAAUUCUUGUCACGAUAAUGGAACGAUGGAUAAUGGAACUGUGGCUCUAGUGAAACCAUCUCAUUCAAACUUCUCAAACGCCGAAGGGUUGUCUCUGAGCAAGGCUUCAACUAGAAAUGGCACUUCAGAGUUGUCGCAGUCGCAACAACUUGCGUCUUCAGGAACAGACAAGACCUACGGGAGCAGUGGUGUUAGUACGAGGGGAUCUGCUUGUGGUCUUACAGGGUUGUUGAACCUUGGGAAUACUUGCUUCAUGAAUAGUGCCAUACAAUGUCUUGUUCAUACUCCAGAAUUUGCUCGGUACUUUCGAGAAGAUUACUAUCAGGAGAUAAACCGGCAGAACCCUCUGGGGAUGGUUGGUGAGCUGGCUUUAGCAUUUGGUGAUUUACUCCGAAAACUGUGGGCACCAGGGAGAACUCCAGUUGCCCCUCGUCCUUUUAAGGCAAAGCUUGCUCGCUUUGCCCCGCAAUUUAGUGGAUACAACCAGCAUGACUCUCAGGAACUCCUUGCAUUUUUGUUGGAUGGACUUCAUGAAGACUUAAAUCGUGUUAAACACAAGCCUUACAUAAAAUCGAAAGAUGCAGAUGGCCGACCUGACGAAGAAGUUGCUGACGAGUAUUGGGCAAAUCACAUUGCCCGAAAUGAUUCCAUAAUUGUGGAUGUAUGCCAAGGCCAAUACAAGUCAACUCUAGUGUGUCCUGUGUGUAAUAAAGUCUCUGUAACAUUUGAUCCAUUCAUGUAUCUUUCCUUGCCGCUUCAAUCUGCCACAACCCGUAGUAUGACGGUAACAAUUUUCACUUGUGAUGGAAGUGCACUGCCAGCUGCUUGCGCCGUUACAGUACCGAAGCAGGGACGUUGCAGGGACUUGAUUCAGGCACUUGGUAAUUCUUGUUCCUUGAAGCACAAUGAGAAACUUUUGCUUGCUGAGAUACGCGGCCACUUGAUUCAUCGUUUUCUGGAAGAUCCUCUAAUAUCUCUGUCUUCUAUAAAAGAUGAUGAUCACCUUGCUGCCUACAAGAUUCCCAAAGUAACAAAGAACUCGAAAUUUCUUCAAUUGAUCCACCGUCGGGAAGAACGGGAAAUUGGUAUCUCUCAAAGUAAUGUUGGGUGGAAGCCUUAUGGAACACCUCUUGUUUCACCAAUCUCUUGUGAUGAUGUCAUCACCAGGGGUGAUAUACAGUUAAUAGUCCACAGAAUGCUCUCGCCUAUGCUAAGAACAGGAAAUCCAGGAUUUUACUGUGUUUCUCGCUCUAAGACAUCAGCAGCAGCAGCAAACGCAUCACGUCUUGCCGCUUCUAGUGAAGCCUGUAUAGACUCUAGUCUAGCAAAUGAUGAUCCGAGACAGAAGGAUGUGUCUAGCUCAAAAUUGGUGAACUUGGAGAAACUACCUCUGCAGUUGGUUGAUGAGAAUAAUGCAUGCAUUGACCUAACUGUAGGGGAAGAUAAAUCUGUCAAAUUGUCCUCAUCGUCAAUGUCAAUACUUGUAUUUGCUGAUUGGUCUCAGAAGCUUUUGGAAAAUUAUGAUACUCGUUACAUAGAGAAUUUGCCGGAAGUCACAAAGUAUGGGCCGGCUACAAAGAAAGCCCGUACUGAACCUCUUUCAUUGUACAGUUGCUUGGAAGCUUUUUUACGUGAAGAGCCAUUGGUCCCUGAAGAUAUGUGGUAUUGUCCUACAUGCAAAGAGCGAAGACAAGCAAGUAAGAAGUUGGAUCUUUGGAGGCUUCCUGAAGUGCUUGUUAUCCACCUCAAGAGGUUUUCCUACAGCCGGUCCAUGAAGCAUAAGCUGGAAACUUUUGUGAAUUUUCCUAUUCAUGAUUUUGACUUGACAAAAUAUGUGGCCAACAAGAACAACUCCCGACGUCAGCUCUAUGAAUUAUAUGCACUGACAAAUCACUAUGGUGGGAUGGGAAGUGGGCACUACACAGCACAUAUCAAGCUUCUUGAUGAAAAUAGAUGGUACAACUUUGAUGAUAGCCACAUAUCACCGAUUAAUGAAGAAGAUGUGAAGUCUGCUGCUGCUUAUGUGCUUUUCUAUCGGAGGGUAAAAACAGAUCAUCAUCAUUCUGUAAGUAAUGGAACACUGUCUUCAGCAGGUCAACACAGCAUUUCCUCGCGGAAGUAGCCUCUUCACCAAUGUAAUCAGCUCUCUUGUACAUGAAAUCAAUGUAUUAAUUUAGUGAAAUACUAGGAAGGAAUAUAGGCAGUUUAGGUUCUCUGGUUUCCUAAUGGCUUCACAAAGUAAAUUAUGGGUGCAAGUGAUGAUCAGCCAAGAAUACCCUUUUACCAACCCUAAGAGGGGAGGAAGAAAAAAUAUUAAAGAAACAAUGUGAGCAGAGAAAUGAAGGGAGAGCUGAAACCAGUUCUACAAAUGGCUCUUCCCUACCCUUUUCCCCUCUUUCCUUUUGAUUAGUUCUGGGUUAUUCUCAAGGAUGGUCUAUUCAACUUUCACUUUUAUUGCGAUAGUCACUCAACUUUACCUGA